AUGAUCGGGUUUUCUCACUCCCGUGCAUGUCGUUACCGACCCUACAUGUUUAUGGUAGCCGACACGGGCUCUAGCUUGACGUGGGUCCACUGCGAACUAUACAACUCCUCCACUAUGCGGGAGCGUAGUGAAGGUUGUACGGUUGGCAGUGGACCCACAUCCCGUGUCGACUACCAUAAGCAUGUAGGGUCACGACCAGUGCCGACACACACUGGAGUGAGAAAACCAGAGUUCCUCCUAGAAAUGAGGAGCGGGGUCUCGACAUUUGGUUUUGAUUUUGUGGUGAUGAUGCUCAUGUUGCUGCUGGCAGCGAGGCAGGAGGUGGAAAGGUCCCAGUCGAGGCGGGAGGCUUCUUCUGGGGAUAUGUUUGGGUCAUAG